AUGAGUUCUAAUCUGCCCUCCCCUGAAAGUGCUGAAGGACCCACACGGGAACGGGCAGACAACGUCUGUCUCUCCUGUCGCCGUAAGAAGAAGAAGUGUGACAAGGCGCUACCGAAAUGUCUACAUUGCCAGCGGUUACGUAUACAAUGUGUAUACGAAGAUGCCGCCGAUAGCGUGCCGGUAAUAGAAGAGUUCCGCCAGCUUAGGAAGAGACUCAAGCUAUUCGAGGAGAUGCUCGUCCCUGGCGCUUCCAGAGUGCCCAGGUCAACCCCCUCAGCCGCAGAUCCGGACCCUCCCGAGGUAGAAAGUCAAUUGGGACCAAUUGAGUAUGAAGCCGAUUUCAUCUCACGCCUAGACGCGCUUGCCUCCAAAUUGAAUGUUGGUGAAGAGGUCUAUCAGCUUCUCCAGUCACAUCCAGGGGAGAUAUACAGAGCAUUAAGCCUUUACUUUGACAAUGUCCACAAAUGGAUACCCAUCAUGUCGCAAAAGCUGUUUUAUAGCAAGAUGACAGACUUUAGCAAAACGAAACGCCCAGAUUUUGCCAUUCUAUUGCUCAGCAUCCUCUUGUCGAUCCACUGCCCUGCAACUGGCACGGCACCAGAACCAUUGUACAAGGCAACACGGUCCAUAUUUUGGAGUGUAAACGCAACCAUAGAUGCAUCUUUGGAAAUGAUACAAGCCGGAUUGCUCUUGUCUUGCUAUGAGUACGGGUUCGGCAUGUAUAAAGAAUGCUACAAAACCAUUGGCACAUGCGCACGAAUGGGUCAUUGGAUGGACCUGCAAGAUGAGAAGCCGCCGUCGGACCAUCUUCGAUAUAGCGAUGAAUGGAUCAGAGUAGCCGAGCGAUGCAACGUUUGGUGGGCGUCAACCAUGUUGCACGAUGCCACGUUCUCCAAGCCGUUUGCAAUCCACCAGGCUUCAAUGUCGCAGCACCUUCCCUUUGAAGCCUUUGAUCUUGAUCCUUCAUACUCUCGCCUUGGUGACGCCGUUCUUACCCAGGAUGAAGAGCCCGGUGUAUUUGGCUAUCAGGCAAAAGCGUGGUGUUUGUUUGACAGGACGGUGUCUUUUCGCCAUAGUAUAGCGACCGCUCAUGCACCAGAGCAUCUAGGAGAUGAGAAAUAUCAGUUGGAUAUUGAACUUCAGCAACUUAUGAGAAUACUUGUUGAGCGGUCCGGCGGUGCCAUGUGUGGAUAUUGUGAGCCAUCCGCCAUAACGCUCGUUCGACACCCACCCCUCACAGCGGACGAUCUAUGCAAAGGCGAUAUUAAAGGUUUCCCACCAUCAUGUCGCGUCGCCUCCGCAUUAGUAGUCAAGACAAUUGUCCGCAUGGUUGUCGAUGUGGCGGACACGAUUAAUAACCAUUACCGUAAGAUUAAUAUAAUAUCGUUUCCGCCGACGUAUUGCCACGUCAUUUAUCGAGCUACCUUAGAGCUGAUUUCUUUCCGCGACGACAUGGACGAGGCGGAGUGGACGGCGGCGCUUGAAACACUCCGGGAGGCUACUUGGAAUUAUGGCAGGAGAUGGCAAGCUGCAGCAAAACACCUUCAGGCCGUGGAUAAUGUGCUUUCGGAUCUCAUGUCUGAUUCGCCAUCCACGUUUAACUACUUUCAACCAAUUCAAAACGAUCCUUGUUUGGUCGCAUUACUGUCUAAAUAA